GGGAGCGGCUCCGCCGCGGCGGGGGCUCCGCGCGCGCGCAGCUCCUGACCCUGCGGGGGGAGGGGGCCUCCCGGCGGCGCGAACCCGUCCCCGCGCGUGGGGACACGACGCUCCGGGCGUGCUGCUGUUGCACGGCUGCUGGGGGGGUUAAGCUGUCAUGGGUCAAAAUAGCAGCGCCCCCCAACCCCACGACUUCUACUUUUAGACCACGUAGCUGGGCAGAGUCAUCACUGAAUUCCUGUUACAAGCGUCCUUCCCGAGCAGGGUUCAGAGAUGGACUCAGAAGAAAGGACAACCAACAGAAGUGAACAAAAAUCAAGGAAGAUUUUAAGAAGUCUAAUAAGGAAGCAGCCUUGGGACCUUCUUUUGGUAAUUGGAACCGGAGUGAGUGCAGCUGUAGCACCAGAAAUACCAGCACUGUGCUCAUGGAGGAGCUGUAUUGAAGCUGUCAUUGAAGCAGCUGAACAGCUGGAGGUGCUUCAUCCAGGAGACGUUGCUGAAUUCCGCAAAAAAGUGAUCAAAGACAGAGACUUGCUUGUAGUUGCACAUGAUCUCAUAAGAAAGAUGUCCCCACGCACAGGUGAUACCAAGCCCAACUUUUUCCAGGAUUGCUUAAUGGAGGUGUUUGAUAACUUGGAACAACACAUUCAGAAUCCUGUUGUUCUACAGUCAAUCAUCAGGCUAAUGGAGAGAGGCACUAUGGUCCUUACAACAAACUAUGACAAUUUACUUGAGAUUUUUGGUCAGCAACAGGGUAAACCCAUGGAGUCUUUAGACCUGAAAGAUAAGGAUAAGGUUCUUCAGUGGGCAAGAGGUCAUAUAAAGUAUGGAGUUCUUCAUAUUCAUGGCUUGUAUACAGAUCCCUGUGGAAUGGUGUUGGAUCCUUCAGGAUAUAAAGAUGUUACUCAAGACCCUGAAGUAAUGGAGGUUCUACAGAACUUGUAUCUGACCAAAUCCUUCUUGUUUGUGGGCUGUGGAGAGACUCUGCGUGAUCAAAUAUUCCAGGCUCUCUUUCUGUAUACUGUAAAGAAUAAAGUAGAUUUAGAACAUUAUAUGUUGGUGCUUAAAGAAAAUGAAGACCACUUUUUUAAACUCCAGGCAGAUAUGCUUCUGCAUGGAAUAAAAGUAGUAUCCUAUGGUGAUUGCUUUGAAUAUUUCCCGGAGUAUGUCCAAGAUCUAACUGCUCAAAUCUGCAAGCAGAGGAGUCCAGAUGCUGAUCGAGUGGAUAGUACAACACUGUUGGGGACUUCAUGUGUGGACUGUGCAAAGAGAAAGUUAGGAGAAAAUGACUUGGAUCUUUCUAAGAGAGUCAAACAAUCAGAUAAUGUUGAUACCUCUGCUGGUGACCUGGGCAUUGUAAAGAAGUUUGAAACCCAAGUGCAGGGCAACUGCGCAGGACCACCGGAGGGGGAAGCAGAGAACUGGGCUCUCAGUACUCCAGAGUUUCAGUGACUUUCUCUACCUGGCAUUGACUGUAACAACCCUGCUUCCUGGCAAGAACAACAACUUGGAAUGGCAUUGAGUUUACCUUCAUAUACCAUAGUAGCCUGCUGCUCUUAGCAAUUUUUUCACUCCCAGAGUGAACUAUUCUCACUAUCACUAGUCCCAGUCAAGAGCAGGGAGUAACUGGGGGUAGCAAGUGAGCUAAAAGCUUUUAGAAACUAAUAAAAUAAAUAAUAAAUAAAACUAACGUUCUGACUGUACCCUAAGGUUAAAGUAAAAGUUUUAAAAAUAGACAAGGAUUCAUUUCCACAUCACCACAAAAAGGCAGUGUUAAAUAUACCUAAACUAAAAGUUAGAGAAGGCUGGGGUUCAAACACUUGAAAGUGAAACUGGCACAGACUAUAAAGAGACAUUUUAAGUAGAAAGUAAGGUUGAAAUUAAUUUAUUUUUAAGAACUGCAAACAAGGGUAGCACAUUGUGUGUGUCAUCAUUCGGACAACUUGCUUGCAUAUUUUAUUUCUUCCCCACCCACCCCCUUUUUCAUCUAUUUUCUUAUUCCUGGUUCUUCUUCCAAGCUGCUCUAUGUGGGCAUGCCCCUGCCCCUUUGACUGAGUCAAUUAAGCUCCAUAUGCCCAGAGGGCUGUCAGCACAAAGCUGCUUACAGGAUCUGAACCUUAAACUGUAAGCUCCUUGGAGCAUGCACCAUCUUCAUGUUUUAUAAAGCACAAAUAUCUGACCUAUACAAUUGUACUAUGAAUAUUUCAUUUUUCACUUGUCAUCUGGUAUUUUAGUAUCACUUCACAUUGGGGGAAAUGAGAAUAUAAAUGAAAGUUGCCAGCAGCAUACAGGCUGUUCUUUAUUGACUGGGAUUCACUUCACUACUUACUAUGCAUUGGAAUGAAAAUAUUUCAGUUUGUUUGAAGGACAGGACAUGUUUUUGGUAUUUCAAGUAGAGAUUAGGGGAUGUUUUCAUUGCUGCAUAGUUAAAGCAGGCCACUAUCUAAUUAUGUGCAGUAGAGAACUGCUACAAACCCCAGCUCAUCAGGGUUUUCACCACUUUGACUGCAGUCAAUGUGACUACUCCAUAUGCUUAAAGUAAAACAUGCUUAAGACCCUUGCUGAAUCCUGUCCUUAGACUACCAAAUUUAAAUUCUAUUAUGAGAGCUUGGAUUUCACAUUUUUAUGAGGGGGUGUCCUGUAAAACUUGUUAGUUUCCCCCAAAAUUGUGUUGCCCUGGAGCAAACACAUUUCUUUAAAUGAAAUUCUAAAGUAUUACAAAAAUUAAUAUUUCUUUAAUCAGCAUCAAUCAGAUACUGAUGGCUGAUUAAGUGGCUGGAUUAGGCUGUCAUUUUUGCACCCAUUUUCCUGAGGCUGCUGCGAGCCCACUAUAGUUUUGAGGUUGUUUUAACACAGCAGUCAGAGGUUAAAAUUACUACAAUACACUUUUAUUGAACUCUAUUCUAUGGUACUUUUAUGGCUCCUAUCAUCAUAGUAUCUGAGCAUCUCAUCCAUUCAGUUGGUUCCUCAGACAUAACCUAUUUAACUUGUCUUUUAGUUUUCCCAGGAGCAACACUACAUAACUGCCUUCCCACUGCACAUGCACACACACAUUUAAACUUAGGAUUGAUUUGAAGUGUUUUUAAAUCACAAGUAAAUUUAAUUUUGCUUUUUUUAAACAGGUAGCACUGGAGACUCUUCAAGUCUAAACACCACUGAAAACUGCAACUUGUAAAACAGCCAUUCUUGCCUUAGUGCUAUACAAUUGCACUGUGAAAAAUGCACAUCGCAGUAGUGAUGGGAUCUCUUACAAUUCAGUGUAUGCACAUUAAAAGCAGAGUUGCUGUGUGGCCCAUUAUGGAAGCUACUGGCAGUAGAAUAUGCAUGUUUCAGUUAUCUUAUAAGGAGGACUGACUUGCAACUGGCUCAGGGAAACAUAUAGCUGAAAGGGAUAUACCUAGAACAUGACUGUUCAGUGUGAUGCAUUCAGUUAAUCAAAAAGUAACUUGCUUUGAAAUCCUGUUUUGAAUACGACUAUGAGUCUGGAUUCCCAAGUGGAGGAAAUAGGCCAUAAACCUAGACAUUCAUUAAAUGAUGCAGCUGGCUCUACUAAUGCUACUGUAGAAAUUAAUUUACUUUUUUUGGUAUUCUUUUAUAAUUUUUUUUAAAUGGAAACUGGUGUAUUUACUGAGGAUUUUAGA